AUGGCUACCCCCGGCGAUUCCAACUUCAUGAUGUCGGACGGCUUGGCCCCGCAGAGGCGGCCUGGAGGUUUCCCCUCGUCCUCAUCAACUCGUCCCCGCGGGCCACCGUCAGAGAACAUGGGAACUCCUCGAGACGACUAUGGCGAUGCUGAUGGAUUUGCCGACGACCAGCUUCCUCGCAGCUCGCGCAUCCCGGAUGCCGCCAGCAUUCCCAAGGUGGAGGAUCGCAUUGGCAUGCUUGUCCAGGAGCACUUUGAGGGCUUCAUUGAAAACUUCGCCGAAGCUCCUCUGUCAUCGGGCGCACCCCCCUCAAGUGCCGUCACAACGAACAAGUACUAUAUUGCCCAGAUAAGGGGUAUGAAAACGUACCAACUGUCGACAUUCUACGUUGACUACAAGCAUCUGGCCGCUUGGGAGAAUGGCAGUCUGGCAGACGGUAUCAUCCGCCAAUACUAUCGUUUCCUCCCUUUCCUCACCGCUGCAUUGCAUAACAUGAUUGCAAAAUACGAGCCACAAUAUUUCCGAACGCAAAGUGAUUUGUCCCAAAGGAAAAACGAGCAUCAGCAGACGGACAAGCUGUUUUCCAUUGCCUUUUAUAAUCUGCCUCUUGUCUCGCGCAUUCGAGCUCUGAGAGCUGCCAACAUUGGCCAACUGCUCUCAAUCUCCGGCACAGUUACGAGAACCUCAGAGGUUCGGCCCGAGUUAUCAUUGGCCACAUUCGUCUGCGAGGCUUGCCGUGCUGUUGUCCCCAAUGUCGAACAAACAUUUCGAUACACUGAACCCACCCAAUGUCCCAACCAGACUUGCCAAAAUCGUGUCUCAUGGCAAUUGGAUAUUCGUCAUAGCACAUUUGUUGAUUGGCAAAAGGUUCGCAUCCAGGAAAACAGCUCUGAAAUUCCCACGGGCAGUAUGCCUCGUACCAUGGAUGUCAUUCUGAGAGGCGAGAUUGUCGAUCGUGCCAAGGCUGGUGAAAAGUGCAUCUUCACUGGCGCUCUGAUUGUGGUGCCCGAUGUGAGCCAGCUCGGUCUUCCUGGCUUGCGGCCCACGGCGGUUCGUGAUGAUCGCGGCGCCCCUCGUGGAGCUGAUGUCGGUGGUAACGGCAUCUCAGGCCUCAAGGCUCUCGGAGUUCGAGAUUUGACAUACCGCUUGGCAUUCCUUGCGUGCAUGGUUGCGCCAGAUACCACUGCUACUGGCCAGUCUGCUGCCAGCGGCGCCAUCGACGUUGUCAAUGCUCUUACUCAGAAUCAUGGCAACAUCUCCGAGGGUACUGAGUCAGUCGAGGAAGCUCAGGCCGCCGUCCUGGCGUCCAUGAAUCCAUCCGAGAUUGAGGACCUGCGAGCUAUGGUCCACGGUGAUCAUAUCUAUUCUCGACUGGUCAAUUCUAUUGCGCCGACAGUGUAUGGACACGAAGUGGUCAAGAAGGGUAUCCUCUUGCAGCUCAUGUCUGGUGUCAGCAAGACUACGGCUGAAGGAAUGCAGUUGAGAGGUGACAUCAACAUCUGCGUCGUUGGAGAUCCUUCGACGUCCAAGUCCCAGUUCCUCAAAUAUGUGUGCUCCUUUGCGCCACGUGCAGUGUACACCAGCGGCAAAGCCUCGUCUGCUGCCGGUUUGACGGCCGCUGUAGUCAAGGAUGAGGAGACGGGAGAGUUUACCAUUGAGGCCGGUGCGCUGAUGCUUGCCGACAAUGGCAUCUGCGCCAUUGACGAGUUCGACAAGAUGGAUAUUGCUGACCAAGUUGCUAUUCACGAAGCCAUGGAACAGCAGACAAUCUCAAUUGCAAAGGCGGGUAUCCAAGCAACGCUCAAUGCGCGUACAAGUAUCCUGGCUGCCGCCAAUCCAGUUGGAGGCCGCUAUAACCGGAAAACCACUCUGCGUGCCAACAUCAACAUGUCAGCGCCCAUCAUGUCUCGUUUCGAUCUGUUCUUUGUCGUUCUUGAUGAAUGCUCUGAGUCGUUUGAUCGUCACCUUUCAGAGCAUAUCGUUAGAGUUCACCAGCACCGUGACGAAGCCAUCACUCCGGAAUUCAGCACGGAGCAGCUCCAGCGGUACAUCCGAUUCGCGAAAACAUUCCGGCCCGAAUUUACAGAUGAGGCGAGAGAAACCCUUGUUGAGAAAUACAAGGAGCUGCGAGCCGACGAUGCCCAGGGUGGUGCCGGAAAGAACUCUUAUCGAAUUACUGUUCGUCAACUGGAGAGUAUGAUUCGUUUGUCCGAGGCUAUUGCCAAGGUCAACUGUGUUGAGGAAAUAACCCCCGAAUUCGUCAUCGAAGCCUACAAUCUCCUGCGCCAAAGUAUUAUCUCUGUUGAGCACGAUGAUAUUGAGAUGGAGGAGACAGAAGAUGCCGUGGAAGAUGGUGAAACACUGCUCCGUGCUCAGGAUGCUGCUCUUGGAGUUACUCCUGCGGAAGAUCACGAAGGCGACGCGGCCAUGGCCGAAGGCCAAGAUGAAUCACAGGUUGCGCCCAGGAAGAAGCACACCAUCACUUACGACAUGUACAUCCAAAUGGUGAACAUGUUCGUCCAGAGGAUCAGCGAAGAUGAGGCUGGCACCGGCGACGGUGUCGAGGGCAGCGUCCUGAUCAACUGGUAUCUGGAGCAGAAAGAGGCGGAGAUGGACGGAGAAGAAGACUACAAUAGGGAGAAGACUCUCGCACACAUGGUUCUGAAAAAGAUGGUCAAGGAAAAAAUCUUCAUGGCGCUCAGGGGCGAAGGUCUCACCGAGGGCGCAGGCCCCUCAACGCCUAUGAACGUCAUCUAUGUUCUACAUCCCAACUGUGCCAUCGAGGAGAUGUAG